AUGGCGACCGUGGCCUUCCCUUCUCUACCAGCACAAAAUCUGAGAUUCCGUACUCAAAUUGACACGGAUUUCCGAGAGAUUGUCGCCGAUGUGGAUGGAGACUUAUACUUCCUUCCUCUCCACAACAUCUCCAUCAUUGAACGCGUGGACCUGGAUAACAACAAGGUGUACAUCAAGUCAGUCGAGAACCCAGAUGAAGCUGAGCGAAUGGUAGAGAAGAUCAAGAAGCACUUUGAAGACGCGGACAUGUACGACAACUAUGUUCAGUUGGAGAAUGUGCUGCCCGAUCAGGAGUACAUCUUCACCUUGGCAGAAGGAAACUACAAGAGAGGUCGUGUUGUUCAAGUUCUGGACAAUUCUCUGGUUAGAUUCAAGGACAUUGACGAGUUAGAGGUGUAUUAUGAUGUGGAAAUUCAGAAGGUUCGUUCAUUGGGCUUCUUGGAGUACUUGGACUACGCCGCCGCUUCUAUCACUGAGGUCAAUGUUCCAGGUAAAUCUGUUUUUGAUGUCUAGAAAGCUUCAUUUUGAAUAUUUUUUUGUUUGUUCAAGUUAAACCGAUUGUUUUCAUAUUUUUUACAUUCCAUAAGGUAUUUCCAAUGUUUUAUCGUGUAUUCCAGAAGGAUUUCUGUUCAGUCACAACUGGAUGAGGCAAUUGAAGAGGUUCGACUUGGUCAAAGUCAUGUUCUUCACCACGAAGAAGCCAUAUUAUGGAGUUUUUGAAGAUUGUAAGUUUAUUUUUAAUUAUGUAAAGCGUUUUUUGCUUUAUUUUCAUAUUACGGCUUUUGAAGGUUAAUAUUGGCUUAUACAUUGCAAAUGAUGGUUUAGAUAACAUUAACGGUUGGACUUUUAGUUUCUUGUGUACUUCCGAGUUGUAAUCCAUUGCUGAUGGGGAGGAGCUUGUUUCCCGAGGAAUAUUCCCUGUUCGAAGCAGCUCUGAUUGGUGUUAAGCAGAUUUGCAAGAAGGGAUAUUACCCUUAUUUGACGUGGAACAACAAGAAAAGGUUCUCGGGAUUUGUGGUCGGAGAAGAAGAGGGAAGCAACCUCUUUGUCAGGGAUGCUGGUAAGUAUUUGAUAUUAGAGAAAGGUUUGAUUAUUAUGUUAAGUUGUAAACGUUUAAUCACUAUUUUUGGUAAAUAGUUUAGGUUCUUUGCUCUUACUUUAAGGUUCUUUUUAGAUUGUUACUUUACCUUGGCACAUGUCAAGUUAAUGUUGCUGCCGUUGGCCGACAACGAAGAUUAUUUGGUCAAGAAGAUGGAGGACAUGAGAGUUGGGUGUGCUUAUAUUGUUCGACAAGGAUCUGACUAUGUAAGUUUAUCAUUAUUUGGGUAACUAUAUAUUAUAGCAAAACGUUGUAAGAUUUUACACUAUAAUAUUUAUAUUUUUUAUGUUGAUCAUUCUUUUGGUUUUCUUUGGACUUUUGGACCGGUUUUAAUCAACUGCUUUAAGCCAUUCUUCCGUGCUCAACUGAUGCAAAUCACUGGAGACAAGUUCAUCUUCUCGAACGUCGACUUUCCUGGCAGUCCACUGAUAAGACAAGAGUUUGGAAUGUUCAGCAAGGGGAACAUCUUCUUCCCACAUGAAUCUCUUCUCAUUCCUCGUUUGGUAUGUUUGAGAUUUGUGAUUUUUUGAACUUUUGGCUAAAACAAUAUAACAUUAUAUUAGUUUUCAUUAAAAAUUAAAAUUUUAUUAAAAGUAAAACCUUGAAAUUGAGUUUUUAUAAUUUUGCAGUUAGUAUCUUUGCUUCAAAACGUUAACUAUUAUGUUUCAGUACACAACCAUCACCGUAACCAAUCUCCAGGAGAUCAAGGAGGAAGUUGGUGGAUCCUUGUUCAACCUUCCUCUCACUUUUGAGUUUAACCAAGACCUACAAGAAUAUUCAGCCAAGAUCUGCAAGUAA